AUGCCUCAAAGUGGAGAAGACAGCGGGAUGAUGGCGGUGAGAAGGCUGCUGAAGGAAGUGGUGCUGGGUCGGGAGGACCCGGAAGGCUUCUUCGCGAUGUGCUUGUCCAUCGUGGGUCACCAGGAGACCCGCGCCCGCUUUCUGUCCGUCGUCCAGCCGCUGUCGUCGGCCAACCGAGCCAUGCACUCCGCCCUCGUCUCCAUCUACGAGGAAUAUUUCGCAAAGGCUGAAGAUGAUGAAUUGGAGCUAGCAGUGACCCUGUCGCUACUUGAAGCGCAAGACCAUCCCAGGAACCCACAACAGACUUAUGAUGGGUUAUCCACUGAAAGUGGGCAAACAAAGGAAAAAGGAAGUGGAACUUGUGAGCUUGAGCGCCAGAAAGUUACAAAUUCAAACAGGCCCGGUACAUAUCAGGCGGUUUUCGCCACGCGGGACGAGGUCCCAAUGGGUGACCCGAUGGAGGACCCGUCUGAGAAAACAAAACGUUCCAAAAGCAGACGUCAGCGUAGACGAGCGACGGCCCGGCGCGUGGUCGGUUUGCCUCAAUUUCCAUCCCGAGCGGCGCCCGCGCUGCUUUGGGUCAGGAGGGACUUGAGGCUGUGCGACAACCCGGCGCUCGUCGCCUCGCUGGAGGCCGACGCCCCCGUCGUACCCGUCUUCAUCUGGAGCCCCGGAGAGGAAGAGGGGCCGGGGAUGACCGUGGCUGCGGGGGGAGCUUGCAAAUACUGGCUCCACCAAGCGCUGUCCUCUUUCCGUUCAUCUCUGGAGCGCAUCGGCAGCAGUCUGAUCUUCCUGGAGGCGAGCGGCGCCGGAGACUCCAGCCUGCGUAGGCUCCAAGCGCUGGCGAAGGAGACCGGGGCCCGAACGGUGCUGGCCAACGCCCUCUACGAGCCGUGGCUGAAGGAGCGGGACGACGCGGUGGCGUCGGCGCUGCAGAAAGGCGGGAUCCGAUGCGAGGUGUUCCAUUCGUACUGCACCGGGGACCCUUACUCUGUCAGCACCGACGGGGUGGGCCUCAGAGGAAUUGGAUCCGUGUCCCACUUCAUGAGCUGCUGCAGACAGAACCCAGCAGGCUCCGCAUCCGGCGCUCCACUGGACCCGCCCGUGGGUCUACCCGCGCCCUCCAGUUGGCCGCAGGGUGUCCCCUUAGACGCGCUGGGCCUGGCACGCAUGCCACGCAGGAAGGACGGUACCACGAUUGAUUGGGCAGCGAACAUUCGCAAGUCCUGGGAUUUCAGCGAAGCGGGGGCACACGCCAGGCUCGAAGCGUUUCUCCAUGACGGUGUGUACAGAUACGAGAAAGAGUCGGGCAGGGCCGACGCCCCCAACACCAGCACGCUGUCGCCGUACCUUCACUUUGGUCAGCUCAGCCCCCGCUGGCUCCUGUGGGACGCUAAGGGGGCGCGCUGUCGGCCGCCGAAGUUCCAACGCAAGAUGGCGUGGAGGGAUUUGGCUUAUUGGCAGCUCACGUUGUUUCCAGAUCUGCCUUGGGAAUCCAUCAGGCCUCCGUACAAGGCGCUGCGGUGGAGCAGCGAUCGCAGUCACCUGAAGGCUUGGCAGCGAGGCCGAACGGGCUACCCUCUGGUGGACGCAGCCAUGAGGCAGCUGUGGCUGACGGGCUGGAUGAACAACUACAUGAGACACGUGGUGGCGUCUUUCCUCAUCGCGUAUCUCCAUCUACCCUGGCAGGAGGGCUACCGCUGGUUCCAGGAUACACUGGUGGACGCAGACGUCGCCAUCGACGCCAUGAUGUGGCAGAACGGCGGCAUGUGCGGCCUGGAUCACUGGAACUUCGUCAUGCACCCCGUCGACGCCGCCAUGACGUGCGACCCGUACGGCAGCUACGUUCGGAAAUGGUGUCCUGAACUUGCUGAGCUACCCGAUGAGCUGAUCCACAGACCUUGGAAAUGCCCGGCGUCCCUGCUACGACGCGCAGGUCUGGUGCUGGGCCAAACGUACCCCGAGAGAAUAGUUACAGACUUGGAGGAGAGGCGGAGUCGCUCUCUCCAAGACGUCGCCCUGGUACGGAGGCAGCACGCAGAGUACGUGGACAAACGCACGGGCUGCGACUUGGUGCCCCUGCCGCCCCGCCUGGUCUCCGAGGCCCUGGGCUCAGCGCAGUCCGCCGAAAGCAAACGCUUCCUUCUCCCGGUCAUCACCCGCAUGGAAUUCAAGCACCAGCUGGACGACCCGGACGCGGACGCCGCCGCCAACCCCUACAACGCCGUCCUCAAGGGCUACGUCGGCCGCAAGAGGGACGAGACCGUGGCGUUCCUCAACGAGCGAGACUUCGCCGCCAGCGUCAUGCACGAGGGAGCCCUGAGGAGGGAGAGGCUGGAGAGCGACCGUCGCCUGAUGGAGGGGCUCCCCCCGCAGAGGCCGCCGUCGCGGGGGCGGGCCAGACGCGCCACCAACGCAAAGGACCGCUUCUCUAUUUUGCCGAGCGGGGCUAUUCUCACAACACGCAGGUGAUCCUCUCUCACGAGGCCGCGGCAUAAAAUGCGACAUUUCAUACCGGCACUUUAUGAAAAACUUGGGACCUGUCGUGAUUUUUUAAAAAGCAUUAAACUUGU